AGCGAGUUCUUCAUUGUGCAUUGGAACGCUUCGCAUGUAAACAAAGUAACCAAGGAGUAACCAAGAUCAGAAUUCUGCCUUCUAUUUGAUCAAUGAGACAUGGCAGAUAAUAUAUCAUUUUUCGCUAGCACCACAACGGAUUACUCAUCUUACUAUGACGGCGAUGAAGGUGGUGCUCCAUGUGAUAUGAAUGACAUAAAGACCUUCAGUAGAGGUUUUUUAAUCACUCUCUACAGCUUGGUUUUCGUCUUGGGCUUUUUAGGUAAUGGCCUUGUGGUUUGUGUCCUGGUGAAGCACUGGAAGCAGAGCAACCUGACGGACAUAUGUCUUUUCAACCUGGCUCUUUCUGACCUCCUCUUCGUGAUCACACUGCCUUUUUACGCAAACUUGUCAAUGAUGGGCUACUGGACCUUCGGAAACUUCAUGUGCCACAUCUUGUCAGGAUUCCACCGAACAGGCUUCUUCAGCAGCAUCUUCUUCAUGAUUAUCAUGACGCUAGACCGCUACAUUGUUAUCUUGUACAGUCACAAAGUAGCACGAUACCGCACAAUGAGGCUAACCAUCGCUCUGACCCUCACCUCCUGGAUUUUGAGCGCCUGUGUUUCUCUGCCGUCUUUCAUCUUUACAAAAGUCUCAAACUACUCUGGUAAACAAGACGAAUGUUAUUUCUUCCCCGAAAAUGAAGAUUGGUAUCAUUAUGACCUGUUUGCAACAAACAUGCUGGGUCUAAUCCUGCCUUUGUUGGUGAUGGUAGCUUGCUACUCCAGGAUCAUUCCUGUACUGGUGAAGAUGAAAACUGCAAAGAAGCACCGCGUUGUUAAGCUGAUCAUCUCUAUAGUGGGAGUCUUCUUCUUGUUCUGGGCGCCAUACAACAUUUCCCUUUUCUUGAACUUUUUGCUUUUACAACAAAUAAUCCCUUCCACAUGUAAUGGAGACAAAAACCUGAGACUGGCAGUGUCAGUGACAGAAGCUUUUGCUUACACUCAUUGCUGCCUGAAUCCCAUUAUAUAUGCCUUUGUAGGACAAAAGUUUAUGAGACGGGCUUUGCAAAUGCUGAAAAAAUUCGUGCCAAUCACCACCAGAGAUCUCACAGAGGGUUCAUCCAGAAGGAGCUCAGUUCAGUCCAGGUCUUCUGGGGUCUCUUUCAUGAUGUAGGGGAAUAAGUCUCUUGGUUUGUGCCACUAAUUAGCAACCAAAAUUAAUUUGGCCUAUAUUAUGCUAAAUCAACUUUUUGAGCUUAUAAGUGCAUUAUAAUGUUAAUUCCUCACAAAAACACCUCAAAGCGGUAUUUUAAUCCCUUCACGCAUUUCUGAGUAUUCCUCUAAAUACCUGCCCUCUGAGCACUAGCCCCUCCACCAGCCCCUCCACGAGAAGGAGUGGGUUCUCACAUUGUGACGUGGAUAAGGGAGGAAAAGCCCCUUCCAGGAAGAGUCAGCGCUACCAGCACUGCCCCCAGACUAACACCCACACCCACUUUCUCUACAGAGCCAGCUGUGAUCAGCCAAACCCCUUUUAUUUUAUACACACAAUAGCCACAUCUAUCUUUGCAAAAGUUUGGAUGUUGUUUGUUUUUCGUGAGAGAAAUACAGACACACUGCCUAGGCCAGGUUGACGUCAAUAAAAGGGUGGCACCAACAAGGACAAGAAGGCAUUUUUUCACAGAUUGAGUCAUCUAGGGUUCUGGGGAGGAAAAUGAACUACCAAAAAUAACUAAUAUUUCAUAAAAGAAAUGUCCUUAGUUUUCCAAUGGUAAAAUGUCUAUGUAGCUUACUAUAAAAGGCUUAAGAAAAGCUUGAUAUUGGCUCUUUAAAAUAUAUCUGUACAUAUUUUAACAUUGUUUAAAAUUACACUCCAUUGCCUUUUUUUUAUAAUGCUAUCCUUUUCUGAUGUUGAUGAUGAAGGA